AUGCGUUGGUUAUGGCCAUUUGUGUAUCUAGUUCUUCUAUUUUUUUACGUGCCCACCUGUGAAUCUUCUUCAAUUUCCGAUCUUUUUGACAGUUGGUGCCAACAGUAUGGCAAAACAUACAAUUCUGCUCAAGAAAAAGAAUACAGACUCAAGGUGUUUGAAGAAAACUAUGCAUACGUUUCCCACCACAAUAGUUUGGGUAAUUUUUCUUACUCGCUCUCUCUUAAUGCCUAUGCUGAUCUCACUCACCAUGAGUUCAAGGCCAAGUACUUGGGACUCUCACCUUCACCAGAUGAUUCGAUAAUCCGAUUGAAUCGCAAUCGCGGGUCAAGUCCAGUUGAAGGGUUGAAUCUUGUUAAGGAAUCUGAUAUUCCUUCUUCACUGGAUUGGAGGAAGAAAGGAGCUGUUACUGGAGUCAAAGAUCAAGGAAGCUGUGGUGCAUGCUGGUCAUUCUCUGCUACCGGGGCAAUGGAAGGCAUAAACAAGAUAAAGACAGGAUCGCUCAUCAGCCUGUCUGAGCAAGAGUUAAUUGAUUGUGACAAAUCUUAUAAUGAUGGUUGCGGAGGUGGGCUCAUGGAUUAUGCAUAUGAAUUCGUUAUAAAAAACCACGGGAUUGAUACAGAAAAGGAUUAUCCCUAUCAAGGUCGAGAAAAAACUUGCAACAAAGAGAAACUCAAAAGACAUGUUGUGACUAUCGAUAGUUAUGUUGACAUUCCUGCCAAAGAUGAGAAACGGCUACUACAAGCUGUAGCAACUCAGCCUAUUAGCGUUGGUCUAUGUGGGAGUGACAGAUCGUUUCAGCUGUACUCCAAGGGCAUAUUCACGGGGCCAUGCUCGACCUCUUUGGAUCAUGCAGUACUGAUUGUGGGUUAUGAUUCAAAAAACGGAAAGGAUUAUUGGAUUGUGAAGAAUUCUUGGGGAAAAUACUGGGGAAUGGACGGCUAUAUGCAUAUGCUACGAAAUAAUGGCAAUCCACAAGGCAUUUGUGGGAUUAACACGCUAGCUUCGUACCCUGUCAAGACGAGCCCAAAUCCUCCCCCCUCUCCUUCCCCAACGCCUACCAGAUGUAACCUUUUCACUUACUGCUCCAGUGGUGAAACCUGCUGCUGCGCUCGGCGCUUUCUAGGAUUAUGCUUGAAAUGGAAAUGUUGCGGGGCAGAAUCUGCAGUUUGUUGCAAGGACCAGAGUCACUGUUGCCCACAUGAUUAUCCAAUAUGCGACACGAGAAGGAAUCUGUGCCUCAAGCAAAUUGGCAAUGCCACAAUAGCAAAGCAACUUGGGAAGAACUUUUCUACGAGUUAG